CCAGUGGGAAGAAUCGUGCCCCAUCAUUGGUGUCAGUGGGAUGAAUAGUGCCCCAUCAUUGGUAUCAGUGGGAGGAAUAGUGCCCAUCAUUUGUAUCAGUGGGAGGAAUAGUGCCCCAUCAUUGGUAUUAGUGGGAGGAGUAAGUAGUGCCCCAUCAUUGGUAUCAGUGGGAGGAAUAGUGCCCCAUCAUUGGUAUCAGUGUGGGAGGAAUAGUGCCCCAUCGUUGGUGUCAGUGGGGGGGAAGGAAUAGUAUCCCAUCAUUGGUGUCAGUGGGGGGUGGAAUAGUGCCCCAUCAU